AGAGAGAAUGUUAAGGAGCUUUAGCUUUUUCUCUCAUGGGUUUCAGUUAAAGUGGAGGGAAUUCUACUGUUUUUUUUUCCUUUAAAUGGAGUUUAUAGAUCAACAAACAAACACAUACAUGUUUUUCUUUAUCUCUCUUAUAUCUCUCAUCUCUCUUCAUACUUUGUUUGGGAAUUUCAUGAGGAGUUUUUUCCUUCAUGGACUCAUAUACUGGCUGAAUUUUCCAAAUUGGAUCUAAGUUUGCUUCUAUUAGCAUAUCUUUAUUCCUUGAAAUUCUCUCCCUCCCAAUCAUAAUAAAGGAAAAUUUAUAAGUUGAAAGCAGCUGUGAAUCAAGAGCUCCUGAUGCAAGGAUGAAGAAAAGCAGCCAUGAAUAGAACCCAAGGAAGCACAAGUACUACUACUGAUCUCAUUGAUGCCAAGCUUGAAGAACACCAACUAUGUUCAUCCUUGCAGUGUCCCAGUUGUGGUCACAAACUAGAUCGAAAACCGAAUUGGGUUGGCCUUCCAGCAGGAGUGAAAUUUGAUCCAACAGAUCAAGAGUUGAUAGAACACUUGGAAUCCAAAGUUGUUUCAGAAGAGUCCAAGUCUCACCCUCUCAUUGAUGAAUUCAUACCCACCAUUGAAGGAGAAGAUGGCAUAUGUUACACCCACCCUGAAAAACUUCCAGGUGUGACAAGAGAUGGUCUUAGCAAGCACUUCUUCCACAGGCCAUCAAAAGCAUACACAACAGGAACAAGAAAAAGAAGGAAAAUACAAACUGAGUGUGAUCUUCACAAGGGUGAGACAAGGUGGCACAAGACUGGGAAAACAAGGCCAGUGAUGUCUAAUGGAAAACAGAAAGGAUGUAAGAAGAUCUUGGUAUUGUAUACAAACUUUGGAAAACAUAGAAAGCCUGAGAAGACUAAUUGGGUGAUGCAUCAGUAUCAUUUGGGUGAGAUGGAGGAGGAGAAAGAAGGUGAGCUUGUAGUUUCUAAGAUCUUUUAUCAGACUCAGCCAAGGCAGUGUAGUUUGUCUGAUAGAAGUGCAACAACAAUUGAGGUUAGGAGAGAUAGCACUGGGAGUGGAAGUUGUUCUUCUUCAAAGGAAGUAGUUGGACAAAGAGAAGAGAUCAUGUCUUCUAGCUUCACUGCCAUGGAUAACUUCAGCUUUGCUCCAUUCAGGAAAAGUUUUGAUGAGGUGGGUCUAGGAGAAGCACCAUCUCAGGCAUGCGAUGAAGGCGAUGAACACCACGAAGCGCAGCAGCGACACGUUGCAUUUCAAGUCAGCAGGCCUACAAAUCCUAUCUCCAAUGUCAUUUCUCCUGCUCCUCUUCAUCAAUCCUCCAUUGUUAAUCUUGAUGAUCCUUACCAUGUCUCAAGGCUCCUCCUUCAAACAGACAAGUUUCAGCAGCAACAACAGCAUCAACAACAAAGAUUGACAGAGAGGUCUGGUUCUGGUCUUGAAGAACUGAUAAUGAGUUGCACUUCAGCUGACAUUAAAGCAGAAACAUCAAUCCCACAUUCUCAAGAGACAGACUGGUUGAAGUAUUCAUCAUAUUGGUUACCUGACAGCCAAGAUCAUCACCAUCAUCAUCAUCAUCAUCAUCAUCAUGGAUAGCAAGAAGUAUACAGUGUUGGGCAUAGAGAAAGAGACCAAGAAAAUUAGAAAACUAACUUCCAUUGGUUCUUAUUAUUCAUGAGAUCAAAGAGAAAGGUUUACUUCAUUUGAUUGAAGUGUGAAGCUCAGCAUGGGAAGGUAAUAAAAGGGUCUAAGCUAACAAAAAUAUUUCAACAAAGAAAAGAAUUAAAGCCUCCGGUGAAAAUCAAAAGAAGCAAAGGAAAAAGAAAAAGAUCAAAGUUGAAGAUGUUUGUUGCUGACAGUGUGGAAGGGAAGGCCAAAAAUUCAGCAUUCUCUCCAUCACCACCUUUUUCUGUUUUUUUAUUUACCAAACAUUCUUACUAUCAUAUGCUAUCUAUUUCUUUUUAAUUUUUCCUAUUUAUUCAAUCACUAUCAUCAGCUCUAUCUCUCUUUGUAUUUGUAAUUACAGUUGGAAAGUAGAGAGAUUCACAAGUAUGCAUAUGCUUAUUUUA